GGCUAAGCUGUCGUCGGUUGGCAGUAUCAGUGAUGAGGAGACAUGUGAACGCCUGCGAGGACUCAUCCAGAGACAGGUGCAGAUCUGUAAGCGGAGUGUGGAGGUGAUGGAUGCUGUGCGGCGUGGAGCACAGCUAGCAAUAGACGAGUGCCAGUUUCAGUUCAGGAACCGUCGAUGGAACUGCUCCACGCUGGAAACCAUGCCUGUCUUUGGCAAGAUUGUCACACAGGGCACUCGGGAGGCAGCCUUUGUGUAUGCCAUCUCAGCAGCCAGUGUGGCGUUCGCUGUGACCCGGGCCUGCAGCAGCGGAGAGCUGGAGAAAUGUGGCUGCGACCGCAACGUCCAUGGAGUCAGUCCGGAGGGGUUCCAGUGGUCAGGUUGUAGUGAUAACAUAGCAUACGGAGUGGCCUUCUCUCAGUCCUUCAUUGACGUAAGGGAGAGGAGUAAAGGACAGUCCCCCAGCAAAGCACUCAUGAACCUACACAACAACGAGGCCGGGAGGAAGGCCAUCCUGAGCCACAUGCGUGUGGAGUGUAAGUGUCAUGGCGUGUCAGGGUCCUGUGAGGUGAAGACCUGCUGGAAGGCCAUGCCCCCAUUCCGCAAGGUGGGCAACGUCAUCAAGGAGAAGUUUGACGGCGCCACAGAGGUGGAGCAGCGCAAGGUGGGCACCACCAAGGUCCUGGUGCCACGGAACUCCCAGUUCAAACCUCACACAGACGAAGACCUGGUCUACCUGGAGCCCAGCCCUGACUUCUGUGACCACGACCCGCGCACACCAGGCAUGCUGGGUACAGCGGGGCGGCAGUGUAACCGGACGUCGAAGGCCAUCGAUGGCUGUGAGCUGAUGUGCUGCGGCCGGGGCUUCCAGACAGAGGAGGUGGAGGUGGUGGACAGGUGCAGCUGUAAGUUCCACUGGUGCUGCUACGUCAAGUGCAAACAGUGCCGCAAGAUGGUGGAGAUGCACACCUGCCGGUGAUCACCAUGGAAACCCCCAAUGGAGACCCAAACAAUUUCCCCACUCUCUCCCUCCUCACCUGCACUUGGGGAGGGAGGGAGAAAGGGAGGGUGGGGGGUGUUUGUGGUUUUCCUCUACCCCCUAUUUCAAAGCCACCCUGAUUCCUUUUACAACAGACCACGGGAACAGCCAGACAAAGACAGCCAAGCAGAGGACAUGUUCAUACAAUCUUCAAGGAACAUCUUACACACGCACAGGAUGUAAAAACUAAAAUGGCAAAUAUACACUGAGUAUACUAAACGUUAGGUGGCAUAGACUGACCAGGUGAAUGCAGGUGAAGCUAUGGUUCCUUAUUGAUGUCACUUGUUAAAGCCACUACAAUCAGUGUAGAUGGAGAGGACAUUGUGUGUGUGUGCCAUUCAGAGGGUGAAUGGGCAAAACAUGUAAGUGCUUUGAACGGGGUAUGGUAGUAGGUGCCAGGCGCACCGGUUUGUGUCAAGAACUGCAACGCUGCUGGGUUUUUCAUGCUCAACAGUAUUCUGUCUGGUUCAAGAAUGGUCCGCCUCCCAAAGGACAUCCAGCCAACUUGACAACUGUGGGAAGCAUUGGAGUCAACAUGGGCCAGCAUCCCUGUGGAACGCUUUCAACACCUAGAGUCCAUGACCCGACGAAUUGAGGUCUUCUUAGGGCAGAAGGGGGGGUGCAACUCAAUAUUAGGAAGGUGUUUUAAUGUUUGGUCUACUCAGUGUAUGUUUUUCAAGUCCCAAGUCCCAACAGACAGUAUUUUCCCUCCCCCUCCCUCACUCUCAGUUGAUACUAAUUGAUGUGAUUGCUCUUUGUUUUGUCUUUUAACUUAUUUGAUAUUGUUGUGAGUGAUUUGGGGUGGGUGAGGGUGGACUGGAGGGGAGAGGGGAACUGAGGUUAGGACAUAUUGGACCUGGGAAGGGGAGAGGGGAACUGAGGGUAGGACAUAUUGGACCUGGGGAGGGGAGAGGGGAACUGAGGUUAGGACAUAUUGGACCUGGGAAGGGGAGACGGGAACUGAGGGUAGGACAUAUUGGACCUGGGGAGGGGAGAGGGGAACUGAGGGUAGGACAUAUUGGACCUGGGAGGGGAGAGGGGAACUGAGGGUAGGACAUAUUGGACCUGGGAGGGGAGAGGGGAACUGAGGGUAGGACAUAUUGGACCUGGGAAGGGGAGACGGGAACUGAGGGUAGGACAUAUUGGACCUGGGAAAGGGAGAGUGGGGGAGCUGAGUUUUCCCUCCAUCUUGCUGCUGCUUCACUGGAUGUAAAGGGAGAGACACGCCUGCCAGUCGGUCUGAGAGAACAGACUUUACCGCCCAGAGUAGGAAUGCUGACUGACAGACAUUAUGAUUUGUGGUCCAGGUGUACAUGACCGUGUUGUGUUGGGGGUGAGUAGCGGUUUAGUUGUGUGGACAUUUGUCCCGUAUAGCCCUGAUGCUGCUCCACUCAUGAAAUCAGUCACAAAAUCAGAAGAACUCACAGAAGAACUCACAGAAUCAGUUAUGGGCUGGAAUUCAAUCUGAUCGCGGGUUAUAGGCACUGCAGCUCUGAAAUGUAAUGUUCGCCUUCGCGGAGAUCCCAUUCAGGAUAAACGCUGCAUUUGUCUGCUCAAUCGGAAAUGGCAUUUUUUUUUAAACCAAUGCCUAUAACCCACAAUACGAUAGAAUCCAGCCUUAGUCUGUGUCAGACCAGUAGGAAGUUGUCCCAUACAGAGUCAUACAUACAGAUACAUAUAUACAGAUACAGUACAUACAGAUACAUACAGAUACAUAUAUACAGAUACAUAGAUAAAUAUAUACAGAUACAUACAUACAGAUACAUAUAUACAGAUACAGUACAUACAGAUACAUAUAUACAGAUACAUAGAUACAUAUAUACAGAUACAUACAUACAGAUACAUAUAUACAGAUACAUAUAUACAGAUACAUACAUACAUAUACAUAUAUACAGAUACAGUACAUACAGAUACAUAUAUACAGAUACAUAUAUACAGAUACAGUACAUACAGAUACAUACAGAUACAUAUAUACAGAUACAUAGAUAAAUAUAUACAGAUACAUACAUACAGAUACAUAUAUACAGAUACAGUACAUACAGAUACAUAUAUACAGAUACAUAGAUACAUAUAUACAGAUACAUACAUACAGAUACAUAUAUACAGAUACAUAUAUACAGAUACAUACAUACAUAUACAUAUAUACAGAUACAGUACAUACAGAUACAUAUAUACAGAUACAUAUAUACAGAUACAUAUAUAGAGAUACAGUACAUACAGAUACAUACAGAUUCAUACAGAUACAUACAGACAGAUACAUACAUACAGAUACAUACAUACAGAUACAUACAUACAUACAUACAGAUACAUACAUACAUAUACAUACAUACAGAUACAUACAGAUACAUACAUACAGAUACAUACAUACAUAUACAUACAGACAGAUACAUACAUACAUACAUACAUACAUACAUACAUACAUACAUACAUACAUACAUACAGAUACAUACAUACAUACAGACAGAUACAUACAUACAGAUACAUACAUACAGACAGAUACAUACAUAAAGAUACAUACGUACAUACAGAUACAUACAGACAGAAACAUACAUACAUACAUACAUACAUACAUACAUACAUACAUACAUACAUACAUACAUACAUACAUACAUACAUACAUACAUACAUACAUACAUACAUACAUACAGAUACAUACAUACAGAUACAGACAGACAGAUACAUACAUACAGACAGAUACAUACAUACAUACAGAUACAUACAUACAGACAGAUACAUACAUACAGAUACAGACAGACAGAUACAUACAUACAUACAUACAGACAGAUACAUACAUACAGAUACAGAUACAGACAGACAGAUACAUACAGACAGAUACAUAAAUACAGAUACAUACAGACAGAUACAUACAGACAGAUACAUACAUACAGACAGAUACAUACAGACAGAUACAUACAGACAAAUACAUACAUACAGAUACAUAAAUACAGACAGAUACAUAAAUACAGAUACAUACAGACAGAUACAUAAAUACAGAUACAUACAGACAGAUACAUAAAUACAGACAGAUACAUACAGACAGAUACAUACAGACAGAUACAUAAAUACAGAUACAUACAGACAGAUACAUAAAUACAGACAGAUACAUACAGACAGAUACAUACAGACAGAUACAUAAAUACAGACAGAUACAUACAGACAGAUACAUACAUACAUACAGACAGAUACAUACAUACAUACAGACAGAUACAUACAGACAGAUACAUACAUACAGACAUACAGAUACAUACAUACAGACAGAUACAGUACAUAUAGAUACAUACAUACAGACAAAUACAUACAUACAGAUACAUACAUACAUACAGACAGACAGACAGAUACAUACAUACAGAUACAGACAGACAGAUACAUACAGAUACAUACAUACAGACAGACAGAUACAUACAUACAGAUACAGACAGACAGAUACAUACAGAUACAUACAUACAGACAGACAGAUACAUACAGAUACAGACAGACAGAUACAUAAAUACAGAUACAUACAUACAGAUACAUAAAUACAGAUACAUAAAUACAGAUACAUACAUACAGAUACAUACAUACAGAUACAUACAUACAGAUACAUACAUACAGACAGAUACAUACAUACAGAUACAUACAGAUACAGGCAGAUACAUAAUACAGAUACAUAAAUACAGAUACAUACAUACAGAUACAGACAGACAGAUACAUACAUACAUACAGAUACAGACAGACAGAUACAUACAUACAGAUACAGACAGACAGAUACAUAAAUACAGAUACAUAAAUAAAGAUACAUUCAGACAGAUACAUACAUACAGACAGAUACAUACAUACAGAUACAUACAGACAGAUACAUAAAUACAGAUACAUAAAUAAAGAUACAUUCAGACAGAUACAUACAUACAGACAGAUACAUACAUACAGACAGAUACAUACAUACAGACAGAUACAUACCACACCACAUAAAAUACCACACAACACCACACCACAUACCACAUACCACCGUCCCUACACCUUACCAUAAACAACAAAGCCUACACACACACACAUCACUGUCCCUACACAUUACCACACAACACACACAAGCAUGUACCACACACAUCACCUCCACAUCAUAUACCACACACACAUGCACAUACACACCACACUCGCUAAAUACAUAACGUACAACACACUAGCCGCACACACACCACACCAUAUGCCACACAGCGUACCAGACACUACUACUCACAGUCUCCCCAGGUCACUGCCAGGGCACAGGGACUGACCUAUGUGUGGCUACCAUGUACAACCACCAUAAGCCAAAGCUUUCUAUAGUAACGUGCUAUUCAUUAUAGAAACAUAGAUCUGUAAAGACUUAUACACUGAAGAAGACUAUACUGCGUAUGAAUGUAUGUUAAAAUGAAAUAUAUGCUGUGUCAAAGACUAUACUCUUGUUUGUCAUAUUUCUUUUGACAUGUCUCUUUACGACGUCAGAAAACAACUCUGAUAUCAGGGUUGCAUGUUCAUUUCAUGCUUUCUGUGUGUGUGUUUGUGUGUGUUUGUGUGUGUUUGUGUGUUUGUGUGUGUGUGUGUGUGUGUGUGUGUGUGUGUGUGUGUGUGUGUGUGUGUGUGUGUGUGUGUGUGUGUGUGUGUGUGUGUGUGUGUGUGUGUGUGUGUGUGUGUGUGUGUGUGUGUUUGUGUGUG